AUGCCGCUACGAAGCCUGCCACGAGGCUCAUUCGCCGUAAGAGGCGCAACGGGAGGAGCGCUAUGGCGGACAUGCGGAGCUGGUGCGGGAGUCGGAAGAAUAACGCAGAGGCGAUGGGCGAGCGAAAGAAAACCGAUGGGCAGAGAGGACGAAAAGCCAUUCUACCUGCAACUCAAUGAGAGUAUCUACGAGCGUGUACAGAAAGAGAAGGCCGAGCAGAUCCAGAUCCAGUCAUUACAGCAAAGAACGGCAAGAGGACAAUUCUUUGCGACAGUAUUUGCAUGUCUUAUGACCGCAAGCAUCGGCUACUACUAUGGCCAGAUGAUGCCUCCAAUCGCAGACACGAGUUCGACCGCACCACUCGAGACCUUCAAUCCUCCCAAGCACAAUAUCUCAGAGGCGAACAUGGAAGCAGCCUGGACAGAUUUCCGCGAUAUUGUCGGAAAGGAGAAUCUCACACUGGAUCCCAACGACCUAGAGUCGCACAGCGGAUCAUCGUGGUCUUCGCAUCCCUCCCAGCCAGGCGAUGUGCCAUUCUGCGUCGUGAAGCCAGGCAGCACACAAGAAGUUAGUGCGAUCAUGAAGGUCUGCCAUGAACGCAAAAUACCAGUCACUCCGUACAGCGGAGGUACAAGCUUAGAGGGUCACUUCGCAGCAACAAAGGGUGGCAUAUGCAUCGACUUCAGUCGCAUGGAUAAGAUCAUAAAGCUCCACAAGGGCGACAUGGAUGUUGUCGUUCAACCAGCAGUGGGCUGGGAACUUCUAAACGAAGAGCUGUCAAAAGAAGGUCUCUUCUUCCCUCCCGACCCAGGUCCAGGGGCAAUGAUCGGCGGCAUGGUCGGGACAGGGUGCUCCGGUACCAACGCAUACCGUUAUGGCACAAUGAAGGACUGGGUCGUGUCGCUCACCGUAGUCCUGGCUGAUGGAACUGUCAUCAAGACGCGACAACGGCCGCGAAAGUCUUCCGCUGGAUACGAUCUUACGCGCAUGUUCAUCGGUAGCGAAGGCACGUUAGGUCUCGUCACAGAAGCCACGCUGAAAGUCAUUGUAAAGCCACAGCACACCAGUGUAGCCGUAUGCGCUUUCCCAUCCAUCCGCGCAGCAGCAGAUUGCGUCUUCAAAGUCGUUGGCGCUGGCGUACCUAUUGCUGCCAUUGAGAUCCUCGAUGAUGUUCAGAUGCAAUGUAUCAACGACGCGGGACAGACUUCCAAGACCUGGAAGAAUGCCCCCACCCUCUUCUUCAAGUUCGCCGGCACACAGAGCUCCGUCAAGGAACAAAUUAGCCAGGUGCAAGGUCUUGCCAAGAAGACCGGAUCCGUAAGCUUCGAGUUCGCCAAGUCCGAACAAGAGAAGGAGGACCUAUGGCAAGCGCGGAAGGAAGCACUCUGGAGCGUUAUGGCCAAGGGCGAGGGCAACCCAGACAUGGCUGUCUGGACCACCGACGUCGCCGUCCCGAUAUCCAAGCUGCCACAAAUCAUCGAAGAGACCAAGGAGAAGAUUCGACAGAGUGGACUACUCGCCAGUAUCGUAGGACAUGUUGGAGACGGAAACUUCCACUCCAUCAUCCUCUACAACCGUAACCAGGACUUCGACAAAGCCUCCCACCUCGUCCACGAAAUGGUCAAGCGCGCUAUCGAACUCGAAGGUACAGCCACAGGUGAACAUGGCGUCGGCCUCGUCAAGAGAGACUACCUACCACACGAAGUGGGCCAAACUACUGUGGACGCAAUGAGGCAGCUCAAGAAGGCAUUCGAUCCUCUUUGCUUGCUCAACUGCGACAAGGUUGUUCGGGCGACACUACCCAAGCAGGGUGAAGUCGCGGAGUGGUAA